CGAUUCCAGGAUUCGAACUCGUUUUUUGCCCGAUACCCGCCGUAGACAUUUUCUAUCAGCUAUAGACUUAGCGACUUGGAUCAGCGCCUUUCCCCGGGUCUGCGUAGGACACCGGCUGGACUGCAAGUAUAUACGUGCGGCGAUCCAUCUCGAUCCCGAGCACUGUACACAUAUACAAGCCAACCACGGUCCAAGUACCUAUCGGCAUGUCGCAUUCAAGAACGAUCGUCACCCGCGCCUCCACAAAAGCCGCCGCGAAAGCCGUUGCCACCGCGCUCGGCGAUGACAUCCCAUACGCCAUCGUCGGCGGUGGCGCCUGCCUCCUGCUCGGCGGGCAGCGCCUCACGGACGACAUCGACGUCGUCGUCCCGCGCGGGUGCACCCCCGCCGCGCGCCAGCUCCUCAAAGCCGCGGGCACGUUCGCCAUCGAGCCGCGCACGCGGCACACGCGGCACGCUGCGACGGGCGUCGACAUCGACGUGCUCGCGCCCCCGGCGCUGUUCAGGGGCGCGUUCGACGCGGGCACGCCGACGGUCGCGGUGGACGGGGUGCGCGUGCUGCACCCGCGGCUGCUGCUGGAUGCGAAGUGCGGGUCGAUGCCUGGGAGGGCGUCGGACGGGAAGAAGAUCACCGACGGGGCGGACAUCGCCUUCCUGCUGCGGUAUAUCUGCGAUAACGGGAUCGAGCUCGGGGCGGGCGAUGUGCCGAAUGCGAGCGGGGCGCUCAUCGCGUACACUGUUGAGCGGCAAUGGGUGUCGCAGGAUUUGUGGGUCGCGGCGGGAUUUGUCGUAGGCGAGGGAUUGCCUCAGGACUGAAAGACCUAUGCAUGCAUGAUGCACCGUAGAUGCGCGAGGUAUCAACCCACAGGGAUGUCCGUGUGUCUCAAUGUAUAUGCAAUGCGAACUUGAGUAUCAU